AUGUAUAUGAACAAUUUUGUAGAAAUUACUAUUUUACCACAACAACCAAUAAUCAACAUACUCUCAACACCAAUUGUAAAAUUAGAAGGAAAGCUAGAACAUUUUCUAUUGCAAUCCAUCAAAGAAGAGAAAUGUAAAGUUCAAAAGAAACCAACCGUAAGGAAAAAAGGAAGCUUCACCUGCAACAAAUGCAACCGGAUUUAUAUUCCCCAAGACCUACGUUUGCCAAAGCCAUUGCCGCAAUGGCCACCAAAUCUAGUGUUACCAAUGAUGUUGUUAAGGGAAAAUUUGCAACAAUCGGUUUUUCAAAAUGUGCAACAAAAUCCAAAUAAUUAUUUUGAUUUGGCUAAGUUGCCUAAACCUAAAGGGCUUAAAAUACCAGUGGAUAAUAGCGGCAGUCACGUCUGCCCAGAUUGCGGUCGCAUUUACAAACUGCGUAGCUCAUUGCGCAAUCAUCAAAAAUGGGAGUGCGGCAAAGAACCACAAUUCAAAUGCCCGUUUUGUAGCUACAAAGCCAAACAAAAAAUGCAUAUGCUCAGGCAUACCGAACGCAUGCAUAAAGGCAUGGAUCUGACAGCUAUUAAAAAAGAAAUGGGCGGUGACGAUGAAGCAAGUCAAAACUACGAAACCUCUAAUAUUGAAGGUGUUAAAGAUUUGUCUUUGAAACGUUCUGUGAAAGUUAUGGGUGAUGCUGAGGAGCAAGAUAAUGCUUCCAAAUAA